CACCUCUGUGUGGGGUCCUUGUUGCGGGGCACUGGAGAGCCGGGCGGCGGCGGCGACGGGAGGAGGAUGGGCACGCCAGUGAAGGAUGUGGUUAUCAAAGCUGACGCUCCCACAGCUCUGCUCAUGGAGAAACACUCUGAUUACAUCGCCUCAUACGGAACAAAGAAGGAUGAUUAUGAAUACUGCAUGUCUGAGUACCUGCGCAUGAGUGGGAUCUACUGGGGUCUGACUGUCAUGGAUCUCAUGGGGCAACUGCACCGUAUGAACAAAGAGGAAAUCCUGCAGUUUGUGAAGUCGUGCCAACACGAUUGUGGUGGAGUUGGGGCCAGUCUAGGUCACGAUCCUCACCUUCUCUACACUCUCAGUGCCGUGCAGAUCCUUUCUCUCUAUGAUAGUCUCCAUGUUAUUGAUGUUGAUAAAGUUGUUGAAUAUGUUAAAGGCCUCCAACAAGAAGAUGGUUCCUUUGCUGGUGACAAGUGGGGUGAAAUAGACACUAGGUUCUCCUUCUGUGCCGUGGCAACGUUGGCACUUCUGGGAAGACUUGAUGCCGUUAAUCUAGAAUCAGCAGCAGAAUUUAUUAUAUCCUGCAUGAACUUUGAUGGAGGAUUUGGAUGCAGGCCAGGAUCAGAAUCUCACGCAGGCCAGAUCUACUGCUGCACGGGGUUUCUUGCUAUAACAGGCCAGUUACACCACAUCAACGCUGACCUGCUGGGCUGGUGGCUCUGUGAGCGCCAGCUACCAUCCGGAGGCCUCAACGGGCGCCCAGAGAAGCUGCCUGACGUCUGUUACUCCUGGUGGGUCUUAGCUUCCCUGAAGAUCAUCGGACGGUUGCACUGGAUCGACAAGGAGAAGUUGUCCACUUUCAUCCUGGCUUGCCAGGACGAGGAGACUGGCGGCUUUGCCGACCGGCCUGGCGAUGUAGUUGAUCCAUUCCACACAUUGUUUGGUGUGGCGGGACUCUCUCUGAUGGGGGACCGGCAGGUGAAGGCGGUCAGCCCGGUGUUCUGCAUGCCUGAGGAGACGCUGCAGAGGAUCGGCCUGCAGCCGGAGCUACUGAGCUAGAGGGAGCGGGAGCCCCGGCUGUGUGGAAUACCAUCAUGGACAAUGGUGACUGUGACAAGGGUGUGAACAUUGACCUGUGGACUGCCACUGCCACUUGGUUCCUUCACUCUCGGCCUCUUGUGUACGAAUCGGGUAUAAGGUACUCUGCUGUGUCACUGUAACCUGAGCAAGCAUACAGUGCUGGAGGAACACAGCGGGCCAGGCAGCAU